AACUGUUUGUAUUAUUUUUGAACAAGAUGUCCUGUAUAUCAUGAUGCUUGCUGUUAAUCUCUUUAGUAAAUCCUAAUACCUUUAAUAUUUGAGUCGCUGUCUCUUUCCUAACUCCGGCGUAAAGAAGCAUGAGUGACGAUGUAACGCAUUGAGGUGAGAAGAAAAUACUUUUUCCUUUAAAGGUUUCAGCUAAUCUCCUAUAAAAUUUUUAUAUUCAAUAUCAGAUGUGGGGAGACCGGGGAUAGUGUGUUCCCGGGGUAGGUAUUUCCUUCUCAAAUAAUUUAAAAAUUAAUAAAGUUUAAGAUUUGUAAUUUAAGCCAAAUAUGUAUUAUAAUAAAGUGCUUAAGUAGGUCCAAAAUUGUUUCGGACAAAAUUGCUCAUGAAAAAUUUUAAAUGCAAAUUUAAGUUUCAACAUACCCAAAGUAACUUUUUUAAAUUUUACAUUUUCACGAAUAACUUUUUUUAUAAAAGUUGUUCAGACUUAAUAUAAAUUCUAAAUGAUAAAAAAAUCUCCAUUUUAUCAUAUAUAAAAAUAUUGACAAUCAUUAUGUUAAUUUAAUAUUCUAAAUUUAAUUUUUAAAUGAUCCUGUGGACCUGGGGAAGGUAUUAGCGGGGUGCGUCUUUUCCUUUUACAUACAUUCAUUAAAAUAUUGGUUCUGUUUUUGUAAAAUGGUUCGAACAUAUAUUAGAAAAACUAACAAAGAAAAUAAUGAUAAUCAAAAGGCAAGUAUUCUUCAAAUGCUGAAAUAUAAGAUACCUUUGACAGUUAUAACCAUGAAUACGAAUUUAAGUUAUGGGAACAUUAGGGGUAUAAUAAAUUGUUCAAAAGAAAUGAAGAUUUUCAAGAGCGAUAUAUUCACAGAUCAGUAUUUUCUCCUAUUCAAGAAGCUAAAUUAACAGAUUAUUUAAUUAAAGGAUCAAGAUUAUUUUCAGGAUUAUGCCCUAAUCAAGAUGGAUACUUCGUUCAAAUUAUUCUCUGGAUUUUAAUUUACUACCUAAUGGCACGGAAAUACCUAGCUUGACUUCAGAAAAAAACAAGUUCUACCUAAAUUCCAAUAGAGAUCGAAGCUAUGAGUGAUUCCUAAUCAAGUGGAAAUUAUAUUUCAAAUCCACUCACAACAAAUUUAAAUGUCAAGUGAAGCACUCCAAUUCAUGAUCGGCAAAUGACAUUGGAAAAUAUAAACAUGUACCGUGAGGAAAGUGAGACGCUCGAUUUAUCUGUAUUGGACAUUCGUAUUCAAGAAGAAUUUAUUUUUACGUUGGCGCGGAAAAUUCGGCGCACGACAAUUCGGCGCAGAAAACUAGGCGCGGCGACAAUUCGGCGCAUCGUCAAUUCAGCGCGGCGACAACUCGGCGCAACGUCAAUUCAGCACGGCGACAACUCGGCGCAACGUCAAUUCGGCGCAUCGUCAAUUCAGCGCGGCGAAAUUCGGCGCAACGUCGAUUCGGCGCGGCGUCAAUUCGGCGCGUAUCUAAUACAAAUGCCUUUAAAUUAUGUCAUAAGUGAACGUGGAUCAAAACAAUUAGUUCAUGAUCAAUACAUAUUCAGGAAAGAAAGAAUUAUAAAUCAAAAAACAAUAUGGAAAUGUGUAGAGGCUUAUAAAUUAUUGGAAAGUAGACCUACCCGUUGCAAAGGACGAUGCCACACAUUAAAUGAAGAGGUAAUUCUUCAUAUUGAUAAUCAUAAUCAUGUGAUAGAUGGUAUAAAGGUCUUAAAAACCGAAUGCCUAAAUAACAUUAAAAAACGGGCUAUUGAGGUGACUGAUACACCUCAAAAAAUUAUAAGCAUUGCAAUAGCAGAGGGUUCCCCAUCCCUUCAUGCUGCCCUUCCGCCCAUCACAUCAAUAAAACGAACCAUCCAGCGAGCUAGAUCGCUCAUGAGUUCUCCAUUACCUACCCCGACAAACAUUUAUGAUCUAGAUUUACCUGAUAUCUAUAGAAAAACAUGUUCGGGGUUGCCAUUCCUUCAAUAUGAUAGCAAGCAUUUGCUACCGGAACUACCAAGAAUUUUGAUAUUCGCCACUGCCCAAAACCUUAGAUUGAUGGCGGAAAGCAGUCACUGGUAUGCAGAUGGCACGUUUAAGACAACCCCCUUAAUUUUUUACCAACUUUGGACCCUCCAUGUCCUAUAUAAUAAAACAGUUAUACCCACAAUUUUUGCGCUAUUACCGAAUAAAACCCAGAUUACAUACAUAAGGGUCUUUGGGUGAGAUAAAAAGAUUACAAAACAAUGUAAAUCCUAUAUCGGUAAUGAUCGAUUUUGAGUAGGCUGAAAUAAAUGCCUUUACACAUUCAUUUCCAUCGAUAACAGUAAGAGGCUGUUUUUUUCAUAUGACUCAAGCAAUUUGGAGGCACAUCCAAAGUGAUAGCGAAUUAUUAUCUCAUUAUUUAGAUAGAGAUGCGGGAAGUGAUUGGUCUAUAAAAAUUAGACAAAUGGUGUCACUUGCAUUUGUUCCCGUGGAGGACGUGUUUGAUGCCUUUUAUGGGCUAUUACACACACAAUUCUAUCAAGACAAUGAAAGUGUCUUGGACAAACUUAUAACAUAUUACGACCACCUGGAUUGGCAAGAUUCUUCGUAAUGGAGAUAGACAAGAACCAAGGUUUCCAAUUCCCCUUUGGAAUCAAUACGCUGCUACAUUGGAGGGAAUCAAAGAUAAAUAAUGCAGUUGAAGGUUGGCACAGAGCAUUCUCAUCUCUGCUAUCAUCGCACCAUCCCUCUAUUUGGAAAUUUUUAGAUGCUCUACGUUUAGAACAAUCGUUAACCGAAGCAAAAAUUGAACAAUAUAUUUCUGGUACGCAACCCCCGAGAUCAAGAAAGGUGUAUCGGGAUACAGCUGAAAAUAUUAUAUUAAUUGUAUCUGACUAUGUAAAUCGCCCGAUUAAUGAUUAUUUAAGAGGGAUCGCAUAUAAUUUUAAUUUACAAACAAAUUAAUGUUAUCUAUUUUUUUUAAAUGUUCUUUUAAACAUAUU